ACAGAGAUUACCAACAUGAGAACAGGUAGAGAGUUUAGGGCAAGACUCCUUCCAGCUUCAACAACUGGAAUUUGGGCAACACAGGAAAAAUCAAAUAUGAUGAAGAGCGAAGAAACGAGUUUUCAUGUGGACAGUACCCAAGCCUCUCCCUUAUCCCGCUGCCUGCAGCCGCUGAGCCCUGUUACAAAGCCACACAGAACAACUCCAUUUGGUGAAGAAUUCAGACCUCACCUCUCAGAGUUCCGCUAUGGCCCUCCUCCUCUUGGAGACAUGGAAACAUUCCAGGGGUCCUUGGAAGGAGGGUCUCGGAAACGCAAGAGCAUGCCAACAAAAAUGCCUCCUUCUAUUGCCCUCGAGGGUUCCUCAUCACCACCAGACAGACCUGAAGAUCACAAUGACAUAGGCUCUUCCAGUCUCCCCUUGGUGUUCCAACAGCCAGCACAGCCCAAAUACAAUUCCCAGAUGAUCGACCUCUGCAACUUUGGUUUUCAGUUCUACAGAACUCUGGAGCACUUUGGAGCCAAGCCCAUUAAGCAAGAACCAGUGAAGCCUAACACGGCAUGGCCCAGUAGCCCAGCAUUCAUGCAGGGUCCUUACCCUUAUUAUCCUAAAGUCCACCCUGGCUUAAUGUUUCCUUUUAUUGUGCCACCAAACUUUCAUUUCAGGAACCCCUUUCAAAUGAAAAGACCUACAGAGCCACCCUUCAGGAGGGCUGAAGUAAGAGAAAGUGGUGAAAAUAAACAGAAAGUGGAAAGAGUAGAUGUCAACCUUCAGAUAGAUGACAGUUACUAUGUUGAUGUGGGGGGUGAACAGAAACGCUGGCAAUGUCCCAUGUGUGAGAAGUCCUAUACAUCCAAGUACAAUUUGGUCACCCAUAUCUUGGGGCACAGCGGCAUUAAGCCACAUGCUUGCACCCGAUGUGGCAAGCUUUUCAAACAGCUGAGCCACUUGCACACGCAUAUGUUAACACACCAGGGCACUCGGCCACAUAAGUGCCAGGUGUGCCACAAAGCUUUCACUCAAACCAGUCACCUUAAGAGACACAUGAUGCAACACAGUGACAUCAAGCCUUACAACUGCAGGAUCUGUGGCAGAGGUUUUGCCUACCCCAGCGAGCUGAAAGCACAUGAGUCUAAGCAUGAGAGUGGCCGAGAGAACAUUUGUGUGGAGUGUGGUCUGGACUUCCCAACCCUGGCCCAGCUGAAGAGACACUUAACAACCCACCGUGGCCCUAUACAAUACAAUUGCACUGAAUGUAGUAAGACCUUCCAGUACCCGAGUCAGCUGCAAAAUCACAUGAUGAAGCACAAAGACAUCCGCCCGUACAUCUGCACUGAAUGCGGCAUGGAGUUUGUGCAGCCCCACCAUCUCAAACAACACUCCCUAACUCACAAGGGUGUGAAAGAGCACAAAUGCGGAAUCUGUGGCCGGGAAUUUACUCUGCUGGCCAACAUGAAGCGACAUGUCCUGAUCCACACCAAUAUCAGAGCUUAUCAAUGCCAUUUGUGCUUCAAAAGCUUUGUGCAAAAGCAGACUCUCAAGGCCCACAUGAUUGUUCACUCUGAUGUCAAACCCUUUAAAUGCAAGCUGUGUGGAAAGGAAUUUAACAGAAUGCACAACUUAAUGGGACACAUGCACUUGCACUCGGACAGUAAGCCCUUCAAGUGCCUCUACUGUCCCAGCAAAUUCACCUUGAAGGGGAAUCUAACCAGGCACAUGAAAGUCAAACACGGGGUCAUGGAAAGAGGUUUUCAUUCUCAAGGUUUUGGAAGAGGAAGAAUUGCUCUGUCCCAGACAAAUGUCUUGAGAAGCUUGGAACAGGAAGAGCCCUUUGAUCUUUCCCAGAAAAGCCAAGGGAAGGGAAUCUCAUUUCAUUCGGAUGGCGAGAGUGCCAAGGGAAGCUCGUGCCAGGAAGAAGAGGAAGACAACUGCUAUGAGGCAGAGCGGUACAGCCCUGCCAUGUACCACCAUGAUGACAAGCUGUAUGUGGCUCAAGAUCUGUCUGGCAAACCAGAAUGCAUGAUGAAGGACUUCAGAGAGUCCUACUGCAAUGAGAAGGAAGAAGUGCUAAGUGAGGACAGACUGGAGAAGAGAAUAGGAAAUUCAGACAAACAGGAGAGCCAAGGAGAGAGAGACCUCGCAAACAACAAAGAACACCUCAGCUUUGGAUCCUUUGAAAAGGCCAGACUUGGCCACUCUCUCUCUGAUUACUUGUAUUUCAAGCACAGCAACAAGAGCUUGAAAGAAUUGCUGGAAAGAAAAAUGGAAAAACAAACAAUGCUUAUAGGCAUUUAAAAUGGACAUUUUAAAACAGCUGGAAAAUGAGAACCAGAUAGCUUUUAACAUGAACUGUAAUUUACCAAAGCCUGGAAGUUUGUAGUAGUCUUUAGAAAUAAACAAGCCAAAUUAAUAAAAAAAUUAAGGUAAAACAUGUACCUUAAAAGAAUAAAGCAGUCCAAAGUCACCAAGAAAUGCAAUAGAUAUUGAACAAUAACAUUUUUAUACUUAGCCAUUUGAUGUAUAAGCAGACAAUGGGGUAGGUACAGAAGUUUAUUUUCCUUUAUUUGGGGUGUUAGAGACUUAUAUGCAAUUUUCUAGUUAUCAAAAAGCAACAUGCUUUAGCAUUUGAUUUAUUAUCUGGCUAAAUAUAUAUGAACAUUUCUAACCAUACGUCUCAAAAAAAAAAAUCUGAAAAUACUAAGUGUUUCACAGUAUAAGCAAGAGUACUAUUAAACAUGGUGUGCAUGAAAGUGCUGUCAC